AUGAAGACCAGCAGUGCAGACCUUCAGAGUCCACUGGUGAAAGAGCUGGGUGAAGUAUUUGAGACUGAAGCCUCCAAAUCAAAUCUUCCCCCAGAAUCUGUUCUGACCCUGGGAGUACCUUCAUCUUCUGAGUUGGAUUUGCCUUUGGCUACUCAGUUAUCACUUGAGGACCAGAUGCUCCCUUGGAAUGACCCUGAGCUCCCUUUCAAGCAGGUGUCUUCCCUGGAGUCUGCAAGACAUCCCACAGAAAGCCCUGUGGCCAGGAGCCAUUCAGACAAUCCCUCAAAAGAACCUGAUAGUCCCUAA